UGUAUAUAUAGAGGUGCGCGCACGUCGGCAAGUUCAGUCGUCCAGCGCGUGCCGACCCGCGAGCAUCGUGUCGCAACCAACCCUCCCUUUUACGAAUCCCUCGUCUUUCCUUCGUUCACGAUACCUACGUUCGAACGCUAUUCCCUUUCCCCUUCCACUCAUUCUCUCACGCUCUUCGGUUCUCUCUCUCUCUCUUUUUUCUCUUUCUUUCUUUUUUAUUUUCACCCUGCUGCGAAGCGUCGAAAGGACGAACCCCUUUUUACUUUUUAAAAACGGUCACGUGUCAUUAUCCUCCCUCCUUCUAGGUGCUAGGUCCCCGUUAGGAGUGGAAGUGCCGACUCGAGUGCUAUUAACGAUUCCACUUUGAGUUAGUCAUGUAAUUUCCUCCCUCGAGCGAGCUUCGUCUUUCUUAGUUUUCUACUUCUCCUUGAAAUUUAUCAUUCGCUUUUGUCUUUCUCUUUUCUGUUUCUCUUCUUUUUUCUUUUUUUUUUUUUUUUUGAAAUAUUCUCUGAUCGACUCUAAAAAGAGAACGUGGAUCGUCGCGCCUCGUCGAUCUAAAGAUGGUGAUCGAAGGUUUUUCAGGAGAACCGACGAAAAAAGUUCACCGAUUCCUGGAUCGUGCGAUCGAGAGAAAUCAGAUUUUAACGUAGUCGACGAAUAUGACGGGUGAACGAACGCGAGGAAACUCCGGAGUACGCCGGAGACACGCGUAUUCGAUUGGAGGACGCAUGUAAUCCGUAGAGCGUGACGACUUUGGGGUGGAAAGUUAAGUGAAAUGUGAGUCGAGGAUGGAGUUAAGGAUCAGCAUACUGCUCUUGGCGUUACUUCGUCUGUCGAGCACGUUGGAAAGUACGAAAGAGGAGGGAGACGCGGAAGAAGAAGAUGACGAAAAUUAUCCAGUCGAUGAUUACGGUGAUGAUUAUGACGACUACGAGACCGCUACGAUAUCAAGCGACACCGAUUUUAUCGCCGGAGGCCCGCUACCGAUCUUCUUGGUCGAACCUGUUCGUUCUUUCGUCGUCAAAGGGAAACCGGCCACUCUUCAUUGCCGAGCUGCUCAUGCUCUUGAAGUGUACUUUCGUUGCAACGGCGAACGGGCACCGCACUCGCAGCAGCAGGAUUUUGUAGACCCUCGUACCGGAACGAGGGUCGUCGAGGUUGAGUUGAACGUGACGAGGAACGAGGUCGAGGAGUACUUUGGAUCGAAGAAGUUCAAGUGCGAGUGCGUCGCUUGGUCGGGAUCAGGUCAGAUUAAAGGGCAGUCCGCCACGGUUGAGGUCGCCUACCUGAAGAAACAUUUCCUAUCGCCGCCAUACUCGUUGUCCGUCGAAGCCGGUCGCAAUGCGGAAUUACGAUGUACACCGCCCUUGGGAGUGCCACCGCCCAAAGUCUAUUGGCUGAGAAACGGGCUACCUUUCGAGACGAUCUCGAGUUCAGCUUUGACAUCCGACACGAGUCCCAACGAAGUGUCACCGGCCAGUUUCGUGCAGACUGCUGAAGGAUAUUUACGCCUUGGAGAGUCUGAGCUCAGACAUCAGGGAAAUUACUCGUGCGUUGCUGAGAAUCUAGCAGCACGUAGAGUAAGCGAACCUGCGGUACUUACGAUAUAUGUUAACGGAGGAUGGUCCUCGUGGUCUGGUUGGUCCGAAUGUAGCACGAGAUGCGGCAGAGGUGUGCAAAAGAGAACGAGAACCUGUACGAAUCCGGCAGCCAUCAAUGGCGGACAGGCCUGUCCUGGACCAGCGACGCAAAGAUUCGAAUGCAAUCCCUCUUGUCCUGCGGUCGAUGGCAGAUGGUCAAGCUGGUCCUCGUGGUCUGCAUGCGGUCCCGAUUGUUCGAGAGUAAGGAGGAGAUCCUGCAACGACCCCCCGCCGAGCGAUAGCGGUCGGCCCUGUCAAGGCAAGGACGUCAUCGUCGAAUCCUGUACCACGGACCGAUGUAACGCGCUUGGACACGACGGCCCUAGAGUCUUUAAAGAAGCAACGAGAGCGGUCGAUCACAGGAACAUCCUAGCCUUAUGGAUAACGCUCAGUCUCGCGGCAAUAAUCUUAGCUUUAACCACGAUCUUCAUGGUUCGCUUGAUGCGCCGUAAAGAGAGAAUAGAAGCUCUUUAUAGCGUAGCGAGAUUGGACUUUCGCCGACCGGUUGAUCUCGCAAAAUCCGUUGUCUCGAAGACCGAUCGAACCGCUUUGACGGUGGACAAACGUCUCGAGCACGUCAUCGACGAAUCGAACGCUUCUAGAUUGCCCAGAUCCUGCUCGGAACAUCAUUACGACGUGCCACAAUUGUCGCUUCCAUCGACAACCAGAGCAUCACCCAGUUCCUCGGUCACCAGGUCCUCCUGUAGAAACUCUCAGAGAGGACGAGGUUUGUCCGACAACGAGGAGGUCCGAUCGUCUCGCUCAACGUGCCAGGUGAAUUCGGAGAGUACAAACGAAGAUGAGAACGAGCAGGAAGACGACGAUAGACCAGACGAGGAGGAGAGAUCGUCGAUCGACGACGAACGUUCGACCGGUUUUGUGGUCAGAGCUAACGUGGACGAACAGGGUGCACUUUUGGUGGUUCCGGAAGUUAGUGUCUCCAUGUCGAUUCCCGAAGGUGCAGUUCCACGGGGCCGACGUCACAGUUUACACCUUGCCGUGUUAGGUGAAGACUCCCUGAGGCCAAAGUUACCACCUGGAUUAACUUUGCUAUCAGCUGUGAUCGCGUGUGGUCCCUCCAACGUUGAUAUCUUGAAACCAGUGAUUUUGCAGUUUGAACACUGUGCUGAACUCAGAACUGGAAACUGGGAGUUGAGUCUUUGGUCCACGGACAUCGACCUUGAAACUCGUUCGACUAACUCCUCAAACUCUUCGACGAAUACCAGCCUCUCUCCUUCCAGCACAGUUUGGCGUAAGAUUUUAACCCUCGGUGGUGAACCAACCAAUUUACCUGGACAACCAUUCGCUCAACUCGAUCAUGCCGGUGUGUUUCUCGUAACGGAGACACCUUGCGCAUACGCUGUGGCUGGUGAAAAUUCUAUGGUAGCACCCGGGUUAGCCGUGAAACGUCUUUGCGUGGCAGUUUUCGUUUCACGUGAACGUGAUCGCGUUAGAUGUCAUAUACUGGAGGACACCAAAGCAACUCUCAAGCUUGUAGCCGAACGAGAACACCGUCUUGGUGGGACGCACAUCGAUCACAGUACUCUCGGAUUUCGAGCGAGUGGUACUUCGCUUCGAGUCGAUCUCGAGGAUAGAGAAAGCGGUUUUGCCGAGCGUCAAGAAGUGCCAUACCGUCGAAUAUGGUCGUCCUCGAGAUCUAGCAUUUGUCUUUCCUUUAGAAUCGAAAAGAUCGUCGGCGACAUCAGACUCAGUUUUGAAUUCAGGGCAUGCCAACGCGGAUUCGAGGAUCAAGGUUUGCUCUUGAGAAUCGAUCUUGAUCUAGCAAAGAGAGGUAACAUCCUUGCGAAAAAGACUAACGGGAAGGUGGAGUCUUCUAUUAUUUUGCGUGGAAAAAAUUCAACGAGAUCUACGGAAUCUGUAGUAUCGAGACCCUUCAGGUUUUCAAAGACGUUGAGAAAACAACUUUGUCAAUGUUUGGAUCCUCCUAGCGCUCGUGGCAACGAUUGGAGAAUGUUGGCUCAAAGAUUACAAGUCGAUCGGUACGUCGACUAUUUCGCAACAAAAGCGAGUCCAACCGAACAUAUUUUGGAUCUAUGGGAGGCCAGACAUCGCGAAGCCACUGCCCUAGCAGAUCUUUUGAACCAUUUAAGACUGAUGGGUCGCGUAGACGCGGCCAGCGUUCUCGAAAGUCGACUAGGACCUUGGAUCUAAAAAUAUCGAAAGUCACUGCCGUUGAAAGAGACAUCAUUUAAAAGUCAUGUUAUCUUUGUAAAUAAGACGAAAUAAUAAAAAGAAAAAAAAAAUCAAUUAUUAUGAGAUUGUCGAUGUAGAGCAAAGUUGUAUAGACGGUGAUUGUAUUUGUACAUAAAGUUGGUUUGC